AUGCAUUUCCACGACAACGAUGGUCAUGUCGGCUGUUAUGUCCCCGGCGGAACCGGCGAAGGAUCACCGAGGAUUUCCAACGCAGCACCUUUACCUGUGGUCAAAGUGGUAGAGUACGAUCCCUCAUGGCCCUCAAAGUUCCAGGAAAUAUCGCAGAAGCUGGAGCAUUAUCUUUCCAUUUCAGGAGUGGAGUACACCUCCAUCGAACAUGUCGGCAGCACCGCCGUACCUGGGCUUGCGGCAAAACCCAACAUCGACAUUAUAAUCGAAGUACCCAAUGCCGAGCAGGCUGCCAAGGCGAAGGAGGCCCUCAUACAUGAGCCAUCUCCUGAAGAGCACUACAAAUGUUGGGGAGAUGGUGGGAUCAAAGGCAGGAUCAGCAUGAAGCUUCAUAAUCGCAAUGAAUUGCCAGAUCAGAGCGUUUACAUUAUCAACCAGGAGGAUCCCGAAGGCAGACUGGUUGUGCAGUGUCACCGCGCUCUCCGUGAUACCCUCAGAUUGCCACAGCACGAAGCACUCAGAGCGGAGUACGGCCGACUGAAAGUUCACCUUGCCACGUCAAGCAUCGAUGGAGUUGAUUACGGGCAGAAGAAGAAUCCACUGAUUCGAAGAAUUCUGCAAACAGCUGGUUGGGCCGAUGAGGAAAUCGACAAGAAGGAAGCGCUCGACUACCGAAUCCCGGGGGAUGAUGACCUACCCUACUGA